UUUGGGCUGGUUAGCGUUAGCAUAACUUAGCUUUAGCUUUCAACGCGUAGCACCGCUCACUUCCGGUUUGGGCUCCUGCUCUCACCUGGUAGCUGGCUGACAGCAACCUGCUUUGCUCCAGAACCCAGUUGUUGUGUGUAAAGCAGCUGUUCUAAGGAUCUACCACUUCUGUGACGGAUUGAAUACAGAGCUGGGGCAGACAGGAGAGGGAAGGGGAGAGCUUGAACCCUGGUCUCCCCCGCUGACCCUGAGUAAACCAGCCAGCCAUGGAUGACAGCUCCUCACUGGGAAAAGUCAGCAGCUCCACCGAGUCCGUGGCCACCGUCACCAGUGAGGAGUUUGUUCUGGUACAGCCCAGUGCAGCAGGGUCACCACAGGGCUCUGAGGGCAAACCGAGACUCAAGAUGUCUUGGAAUGGAAGCGAGCAGCUGGAAAGAGCCAUGGAGGACGUGCUGGAUGAUGAUGAUGAUGAUCAGGUGAAGACGGAGGUGGAGAAGAGCAGUGUGGAAAAAAUGGAGAAGGACCCAGAGAGCCAAGUCCUGGAGCCACCACCUCCAGAAGCAUGUCCAGCACCGGCCAGCCCUGUUGUCCUGGAGGAGGACAGUGUCCAGUUUAACAAGCUGUCCUACCUGGGCUGCACCUGGGUCAAAGCCCCCCGUAACGAGGCCGAGGCCCAGGACGCCAUGACCACCCUGCGAGCAGAGAGCGCCAUUCCCAUCCCCAUCACCCUGCAUGUCCCCUGCGGACCAGACGGCUCAGUCAGGAUUGUGGACCAGGCUUCAGGUACAGAGAUCGCCUCCUUCCCCAUUUACAAGGUGUUGUUCUGCGCUCGGGGACAGGAGGGCUCAGUGGAGAGCGACUGCUUCUCCUUCACCGAGAGUUACCGGAGUUCUGAGGACUUCCAGAUCCACGUCUUCUCCUGUCACAUUAAGGAAGCUGUCAGUCGGAUCCUCUACAGUUUCUCCACGGCCUUUCGACGCUCUUCUCGGCCGGCAGACAUCAGGGACACAACGCUGUCCGGCCCCCCCGACAGUGACCUCUACACCUUCACUGUGUCGCUGGAAAUCAAAGAGGAUGAUGGCAAGGGCAACUUCAGUCCAGUGCCAAAGGACAGAGAUAAGUUUUACUUCAAGUUGCGACAGGGCGUCCAGAAGAAGGCCGUCAUCUCAGUUCAGCAAAUGGGCAACAAGGAGCUGGGCAUCGAGAGGUGUUUUGGGAUGCUGCUGAGUCCAGGACAGAAAGUCUGCAACAGUGACAUGCAUCUACUAGACAUGGAGUCGAUGGGGAAGAGCUCUGAUGGGAAGGCCUACGUUAUCACAGGAACGUGGAACCCUACCUUGGCCGUCUUCCAGCCACUGAAUGAAGACACACCUAAAGAUAAACAAGUGUACAUGACGGUGGCAGUGGACCUGGUCGUGACUGAAGUGGUGGAGCCGGUUCGUUUCCUGCUGGAAACUCUGGUCAGGGUCUAUCCAUCAAACGAACGCUUCUGGUACUUUAGCAGGAAGACCUUCAGCGAGACCUUUUACCUCAAACUCAGACAGCAGGCACCAGAGCGGAUUGGUCCGAGCGAUGCUAUGUAUGAAGUGGUGAGCCUUCAGAGGGAGGCUGAGAGAAACAAUGAAUUACCCACGCCCACUGAGGAAGAGGAGGUUGAUGAAGAUAGCGACAGUGAAAUCUCUAGUGGGACAGGAGAUGUUUCCAAAGACUGUCCUGAGAAAAUCCUGGAGUCCUGGGGAGGAAUCCUCAACAGAUGGCAUGGAAACCUGUCCACUCGUCCAAAGGGUCUGUCCCCACUGGUCCGUAGCGGCAUUCCUGAGCCGCUCAGAGCCGAAGUCUGGCAGCUGCUGUCCGGUUGCCACGACAACCAUGACCUGCUUGAGAAUUACCGCAUCCUCAUCACCAAGGAUUCAGCCCAGGAAGGUGUGAUCACCCGCGACAUCCACCGCACCUUCCCUGCACACGACUACUUCAAGGACUCUGACGGAGAUGGACAGGAUUCACUGUACAAGAUCUGCAAGGCCUACUCUGUCUAUGACGAGGAAAUUGGUUAUUGUCAGGGUCAGUCGUUCCUCGCUGCCGUUCUCCUGCUUCAUAUGCCCGAGGAACAGGCCUUCUGUGUGUUAGUGAAGAUCAUGUAUAAAUACGGCCUCAGAGCUCUCUACAAGAACAACUUCCAAGAUCUUCACUGCAAGUUCUUCCAGCUGGAGAGGCUAAUGCAGGAACAGCUUCCAGACCUGUGGUCCCACUUCCAGGAGCUAAACCUGGAGGCGCACAUGUAUGCCUCCCAGUGGUUUCUCACCCUCUUCACUGCCAAGUUCCCCUUGUGCAUGGUGUUCCACAUCACUGACCUUCUGCUCUGCGAGGGUCUGAACAUCAUCUUCAAUGUAGCCCUGGCCCUGCUCAAGACGUCUAAAGAGGACCUGCUGCAGGCUGAUUUUGAAGGGGCUCUCAAGUUCUUCAGAGUCCAGCUCCCGAAACGCUACAGAGCUGCAGAGAAUGCCCGAAGGCUUAUGGAGCAGGCCUGCAACAUCAAGGUUCCAACCAAAAAACUGAAGAAGUUUGAGAAGGAAUAUCAGACGCUGAGAGAGAGCCAGCUGCAGCAAGAGGACCCCAUCGACCGAUACCAGAGGGAGAACCGUCGUCUUCAGGAGGCCAGUAUGCGACUAGAACAGGAAAACGAUGACCUGGCCCAUGAACUGGUCACCAGUAAGAUCGCCCUUCGGACCGACCUGGACCAGGCGGAAGACAAAGCUGAUGUUUUGAACAAAGAGCUGCUGAGCACUAAGCAACGUCUCGUGGAGACAGAGGAAGAAAAGAGACGACAGGACGAGGAGACGGCUCAGCUGAAGGAAGUGUUCAGGAGGGAGCUGGAGAAAGCAGAGCUGGAGAUCAAGAAAACCACAGCGAUCAUAGCUGAAUACAAACAGAUCUGCUCCCAGCUGAGCACCAGACUGGAGAAGCAGCAGGCGGCAACGAAAGAGGAGCUGGAUUUAGUCAGGAGUAAAGUAUCGGGCUGUGAUCACUGUCGAGACCUGUUCAGCACCCUUGGGACCCUGCAGGUGUCGUCCCCCGGCAGGGACAACACGUCCAGCGAGCCGCAGGACGAGGAGAAGGACGGGCUGAACGAGCAGCUGAGGCAUCUGGAGCUGGAGCUGGCCCAGACCAAGCUGCAGCUGGUGGAGGCCAAGUGUCGCAUCCAGGAGCUUGAGCACCAGCGCGGAGUCCUGAUGAACGAGAUCCAGGCGGCCAAGAACUCCUGGUUCAGCAAGACUCUGGGCUCCCUGAAGAGCUCCAGCUCCUCGUCCGCCAGCUCCACAUCCCAGACGCCGUCCUCUCCGAAGGAAGGUCCCGCCUAGAUGACCCCUCCUCCCGCAAUCCCCCUUCUAUAUAUAUAUAUAUAGAUAUAUACAGAUAUCUCUAUAUAUAUAAAUAUAUCCCCAUGUAGGGAUGCACACAAGAGCUGAGGAACACAGAUUGAGGAAACAAGCAGCAGAGAAAUGCAGUAUUCCUUUUCCAAGUGGUGGCGAGGUGCAGCUCAGCAGCUUCUCUGAUGGCAAAUAGCUAUAAAGAUGGGGGGGGGGGUCUGGAC